UCAGCGGGAAACGAAAGCCGGCGGCGGGCGGGGCGCGGGGACAGCGGGACGCGCCGCCGCGCGAGGAGCCGAGCUGUUCUCCCAGCGGCGGACUUCACGGCGGAGGCUGGACGCUCGCGUGGCGCUUGAGAGGUCCCACCAAGGCUGGCUCCUGUGAGCUCUUCUUGGAAGUGAGGUCGUGCAGUCCUAAAGACACGCCGGGCAGCUGGCGGCCUGGGGAUUUUGGAGUGGUCACUAAUGGGCAAGGUGUUUGGUGUUCCUGAAGAUACUUGCUGGUCAGUCCUGGCUGAGUCUCAGCAUUGUGCGGCAGAAGCCGUCGAGAAGAAGGCAGAAGACAGCAACAUGAAGAAGAAGCGGGAGCGGCUAAGAGAAUGGUUCAGUGCCUGGGACUGCCCUCAUGGCCCGGUUGGUUUACACAACAUUGGACAGACCUGCUGCCUUAACUCCCUGCUUCAGGUAUUGAUCAUGAACGUGGGCUUCACCAAGAUAUUGAAGCGGAUAACAGUGCCAAGGGGAGCAGAAGAGCAGAGGAGGAACGUCCCCUUCCAGCUGCUCUUGUUGCUGGAGAAGAUGCAGGACAGCCGACAGAAAGCAGUGCAACCCAUGGAGCUCGCCUACUGUCUCCAGAAGUACAAAGUACCCUUGUUUGUCCAGCAUGAUGCUGCUCAACUCUACCUCACAGUCUGGAACCUGAUUAGGGACCAAAUCACUGAUGUCGACUUGGUACAGAGGCUGCAGGCCCUGUAUACAAUCCAGAUGAAGGAGUCCUUGGUUUGCCUCGACUGUACCCUGGAGAGUAGCAGAAACAGUAGCAUGCUGACCCUCCCCCUUUCUCUUUUUGAUAUGGACUCAAAGCCCUUGAAGACACUGGAGGAUGCGCUUCGCUGUUUCUUCCAGCCCAGGGAGUUGUCAAACAAAAGCAAGUUCUUCUGUGAGCACUGUGGGAAGAAGACCUGUAGGAAACAGGUCUUGCAACUGACCCAUUUGCCCCAGACCUUGACAGUUCACCUCAUGCGGUUCUGUAUCAGGAAUAUGAAGACAGAAAAAGUCUGCCACUCAUUCUAUUUCCCCCAGAGCCUGGAUUUAAAUCAGGUCCUGCUGACUGAGCAAGACCUCUGCGAUGCUGAGGAACAGCCUGGAGGACAGUAUGAACUCUUUGCUGUGAUUGCCCAUGUGGGGAUGGCUGGCUUUGGUCAUUACUGUGCCUAUAUCCGGAAUUCUGUGGAUGGAAAAUGGUUCUGCUUCAAUGACUCCAAUGUUUGUAGGGUAUCUUGGGAAGACAUCCAGUGUACCUAUGGAAAUGAUAACUACCGCUGGGGGGAAAUUGCAUAUCUUCUAGUUUACAUGAAGAUUGAGUCCUAAUGGAUGUGCCCUAAACCUCCAGAGACUGACAAAGUAUCAUUUUCCCUUUUUGUUCCUGAAUCUGCCGACUCUUUUUAAGAGAUUUUUGCAAUGAGGAGGAGAAGCACCAUUUUCAAAUUGUGUAAUUAAACUUUAUUUAUAAUCAGGGGUGUUUAUCAAAAUGUUUAACAGUGACACUGCCCAGGUAUUGAUCAGUCAGAAUGGAUCCUUCCAGCAGUGGGUGCUGUCUCUGUGUCUGGAGCAGGUCCCGAGGGCUCCCUGCUGUGCAAGGCAUUAGUCCUUUAGUGGGAGAUCGUGGGAAUCCAGGUGAUCCCAGGGAUGGAGAGACCAGGCCAGCAAUGGUAGUGGAAGGCAUUUGAGUGGCAAGGGGCAGUGGUGGGGAAAUAUUUCAAUAUUUCACAACUAGUGUGACCAUACCAGUAUGUACUGGAUGAAUGGGAUUUCUAUAUAUAAUUUAAAAAACUUUUAGAGCUUGUGUUAUUUCCAUAAAACUCAAGUAUUUUGUAACUGCUAUUCAUUUAUUUGAGAAAUAUAUAUUGAUCACCUGUUCUCCAUAAGACAGCGUGGUAGGCACAGU